AUGCCGUUGCGUUGCCCUGCUGGCGCGCUUCCGGAGGCGUACCGCCUUAUCUGUCUUCGUUCAGUUCGUGCCUUUGCGCGCGGACAGAAGGAGAAGUGCUCCCCUGUUCCGGAGUACGUCGAGGCUGAGUUCGCCGUUUUUCUCGCGGCGAUGGACCUGGUGGCUGCUGCCCGCCAUGGUGACGAGCCGGAGGACGACUGGUACGCUGCCAAGCAGCGUCUCGAGUCCGCCGCCCUGGAUCUGGCUCGCUAG